CUAUAACUCCACGGAAUCUCCGCCACCCACCACUUGUCGCCUUUCUAUUGCACCCCCCCUCCUCGUGACCUGUCGUUUUUUGAAACUCUCCUCUCCUCUCCGCUCUCCUUCCGCUUGUCAUUUACGCCUUCACUUCGACGGAGGAGGCUUCUUUCUUCCGUUCUUCUGUCGAUCCAUAGUCCAAAAUCUUAAGUUACUUUUUUAGUUUGAUAUAGCAAGGAUGUCACCUUCAGAACCUUCACGCGAGGAACAUGUCUACAUGGCCAAGUUGGCUGAACAGGCUGAACGCUAUGAAGAAAUGGUGGAGUUUAUGGAAAAGGUUGCAAAGACCGUUGAUGUCGAGGAGUUAACAGUGGAGGAAAGGAAUCUCCUCUCUGUGGCUUAUAAGAAUGUCGUUGGGGCUAGGAGGGCUUCAUGGAGGAUAAUCUCGUCCAUUGAGCAGAAGGAAGAGAGCAGAGGAAAUGAAGAUCAUGUCACAAUCAUCAAGGAGUACAGAGGUAAAAUUGAAGCAGAGCUGAGCAAGAUUUGUGGUGGGAUUUUGAGCCUCCUCGAUUCACAUCUCAUUCCUGCUGCAUCAUCUGCUGAGUCUAAGGUAUUCUACCUUAAGAUGAAGGGUGAUUAUUACCGAUAUCUUGCUGAGUUUAAGACUGCAUCUGAGAGGAAGGAAGCUGCUGAGAGCACCUUGUUGGCUUACAAGUCUGCUCAGGACAUUGCUAUCGCUGAACUUGCUCCUACUCACCCAAUAAGGCUUGGACUUGCCCUUAACUUCUCUGUGUUCUACUAUGAGAUCCUGAACUCACCUGACCGUGCUUGCAAUCUAGCUAAGCAGGCCUUUGAUGAGGCUAUUUCUGAGCUGGAUACAUUGGGUGAGGAAUCUUACAAGGACAGUACAUUGAUCAUGCAACUUCUCCGAGACAACCUUACACUGUGGACAUCUGAUAUCACGGAUGAAGCUGGGGAUGAGAUUAAGGAAGCAUCAAAACGUGAAUCAGGUGAGGGGCAGCCGCAACAGUGAUGAGUUAAGAUUCACAGGAUACAUGUACUAUGUACUUCUUCUAUCUUGCGACCUCUGCAAAGAUCCCAUGCUGGUUGUUGUAGCGGAUUGCCUAAUGAAUUUGGUAAUUCUGAGUGUUGUUGAGCACUUGGAACUGAAAUGUUGACAGAUUAUCAAUUCUACUAUUGAUGUUUAGAAUGUGAGUUGGUAUUUUUUUUGCUUAGCAUGUGAUAGUUUUGAAAUUAGGAAAUUCCCAUUUUUCAAAUUAAAUAUGUUAAGUGCAAGACAUUGUUGGGUGUUAAUUAUCCAGUUCCCAUCGUUUUAGUUUUCA